AUGUUGUCGGAUCAGCAUUAUUCCUCAUCGAUAAAAUCCGAUGGAUUGAUGCACAAUUCGAAACGAUUAAAAUCCACGAAAUGUCCUCUACCUAAUCGUUUGUUGUUGACUUGUAAAAGUCUUAAUGAGAAAUUAUCGGAUAAGAAAUCGAUGGACAUCACAUCUCGUCUUGGACAAUUCGCAUGGCGUCAAAUUAUUCCAUCGGCAAUUUUCUUGCCAGUCAUAUUCCGACAUGUUACCCGAGAGGAAUAUCUAUGUGUUCAAAUGGUCAAAUUGCAUUUACUAUGUCGGUUCACAUCAGAAAGCUUAUCUUACUGUAUGAGUAAAUGUCCUUUUCCUCAAUAUUCAUUGACCCUUUACGAAGCCGAACUAUUACAUUAUAUUAAUACAUUUCAUUCAAAAGGCACACUUUCGCUGAAUAAUCAAUUGUGUUAUUCGAAACUAGAUUCAACAUCAAUAACGCCCUUUAGCUCAUUUAUAAAAUUUUAUCAAUUUCUUGUCUCCACGGCUCAAUUCACUAAUUCCAGCCAAUUGUGGUUUUCACCCCGCCUAUUGUCAUCAUCAUCAUCACCAUCAUCAAAUAAGCCCAUCACAGAUAAAGAAAAGGCGAUCAUGAGCAACGCGUACGACUCAGCGAAAAAUGUACUUUCGAAAAAGACGGAAACAAACAAUUCAUUUUGUCGAGAGAUCGUCUUUCACGGCAAAGAAAUUCUUUCCUAUUGUACCACAUCGUCGUCGAAUACUAAUGAAAAAGAUCAUCAAACAAUCUCCUGUCUAGCAAUUAAAGACAUUGUUUCGGUUUAUUUUCCAUGGUCAAAUAUUGAAGAUUUCAUUCAAAUUUGUCGAAAAAAACAAAUCAUUAGAUUCAAACCUGAUAAAUCUACAGAUUGCGAUUCAUCAUUACGUUUAGUCAAUAUCCAAGAACUAGAACAUCAUUGGAAUUAUAUUCUCAAAGAACUUUUACCAACUACACAAGCACCGCUCAACUAUCCUCAUAAAAGUGAUCAAGUGAUCGAAAAAGAGCCGCUGCCAGAUGAAAUUCCAGUAACAAAGAAUACCGACGAAGAAACAUUGACAGCAAAUGUAAAUAUCGACGAAUCUAUCAAAUCAGUGGAACCUUCUCCGUGUCUUACACCUCAUCCGACUCCUCCUGCUGAAGAAGAAGUAGAAGAAGAACAACAACAGCAGCAGCCUGUUACUGAUAAUUCUGUAUCAAAUGAAAUGGAAAACACUCCACAUCUACUCAAUGAUAUUCCUUGUAAAAUCAAUGAGAGUUCUGAGACAAUGGAACCACAGGUUACACUUGAAUUGAGUACGAAACAAGCAGAGGAGCCGGAAGUAGAGGAAAAGGAAAAAGAAGCAGAAGCAGAAGCAGAAGAUGUGUCAACAGUAGCUGAAGCAAACAUUUCGCUGGAAAACACAAGCUUGAAACAAACACAACGUCGACGUCGGCGAGACAAAAUAUCGUCUUAUUCUUCAAAGAAAAGAAAACGAGAAAAUUUGAAAACAAUUGAUAAUGAACAGUUCUGGUUGAAAAAGUAUUCAAUUGAACCGUUUUCAAUUCUACUAGAUCGAUAUCAACUACCGGUAGAUGAUUGA